AUGAGAAUAAUAGAUAAUAGAAUACUUUUAGCUACAACUAGUUUAACAACUUUGGCUUAUGGCUGGGAUAUUUCCACUAAGCAGCGAUUCACACAGGAUGGUUUAAUUGACGCUGGAGAACUAGGUUUAGACGGAAUAUCAGGUCGCGUAUCUGCAUUAGGAGAUCUCAACGGUGAUCAAUAUUUAGAUAUCCUCUCUGUCGAUGCUGACCAGAAGACAAUACGGUCGCAUCUAUGGAAUCAUGACAAAUACACCUUUGAGAGUAAUUCAACAGUUAGCGUUCCUUUUAAAAUAUCAACUUUAGUCGCUACAGAUAUCGACCACGAUGGUAAACUCGAUGUAAUGGCUGUCGGUGAGGGGCGUACAACGACAGAGAUACAACUUUAUUUAUUCCACGGUGAUGGCAAUGGCGGUUUUGAAUCACCAGUACAACUUCCUAACAUAUCAUACACCCAACCGACAUUCUUCGAUGCACAAGGUAGACUAUCGAACGAUUUCCUCGCUUAUCGUUACGAUGCGGGUACCAAAGAUGAUCAAUUGUCUUUAUACUCCAAUACUCUCGAUGAUCGCGACCAGCCGUACGACAUUAUAGAACCCAAUUUCGACACAUCCACUGGCACACCUUGUAAGAUGAGCCAGACACACAGCAAUGCUUUCAUAGACCUCAAUGGAGACUGUCUCGCCGAUCUCUUCCUCGUUUGUUCUGGACAUGAACCAAGCUAUCAAAUAUGGCUUAAUAACCCAGCUAAUGACAACUUUGUCUUACAUUCUCAAAACUCACUUCCAAAAGGAACUGGUAUGAUUUCAUUUGCAGAUUUCGAUAGAGAUGGUACAAUUGAUAUGAUUUUUCCCACCUGUGAGUCAACUACACGGGAUGGCUUAGGUAAAAGUUGCUCAAUUAAUGUCGUUUUCAAUAAACAAAUACCACUUUGCGUAGAUUCACGUAGCUUUGAAGCAUUGCUACAUCCUUCACUAAUCUCAGGCGGUGGAGGUGAAUGUAGAUCGCCUUCUGAACUUUGUGUAGCAGACGAUAAAUUUGAAUAUAACCAGGAAAAGAGGCUCAAAAUUCCAAUUGAACAGCUCACUCAAAAUUCCAAUUUGCGACUUAAGAUGGUAGACCAUUCACUCCAACCUGGUUUACCACUCAGUCUCAAAAUCGGUGACUACAAUUUAGAUGGUUUUCCAGAUAUACUUUGCUUACUUUCAGAUGGAUCCACCACACGUGGUGCCAUCCUCGAUAAUGUACUUGUCAACAAAACACGUAGUUUAACAUUACGUGAUGAUUCCAAAACAACCAUAUUGAAGGACAUCAAGGAUGUAAGAGCAGCUAGUUGGAUUGAUAUAGAUGAAGAUGGUAGCUUAGACAUUAUGCUCCAACGCUUGAACUCUGUAACAUUUAUCAAGAAUAAUAUAGCGAAUGACGCGUUUUUCAUCAAGACAUUAAUGUUGAAUGGCGCAUGUGAAAAUUGGUGCGACAGUCCAACAGCUGGGAGAUACAAACCAUUCGGUGUCAAUGCAAUAGGUGGUACAUACAAAUUCACAAUACUCGAUACGAAUGGAAAACGAAUGGCUGCCUCAAUACCACAACUACCUAGUACAGCAUUCGAUGCGCUUUUAACCCCUUACAGUGUCAUAGGACUAGGAAGGACUAACAAUUACAUCGAGAACCUUCAUGUGGGAAGUACGUCCAAAAAUGGAAGCUCGCAGCAUAUGAAUUUUGAAGGUAUUAUACCAAAUUCACAAGUAAUCAUCACACCAGCCUACUACAACCACGAUUGGCAUAUAGAGAUGUACUUGAAAACUAACAAAUGGAUCCCCUUCGUUACUGUCGUCGUAGCAGUCCUUUGCGUCCUCUUCGGCGCUGUCGUGUUUGGAUUACACAUACAUGAGAAAAAGGAAGACGAGGCAGAGCGUCGAAAAGAAAGUCAUCAUAUUAAUUUCCAAGCUUUGUAA